AUGCCCCCCAAGAAGGUCGCCCGUGCUCCCCAGGAGAACAUCUCCCUGGGCCCCUCCGUCCGCGAUGGCGAGCUCGUCUUCGGUGUCGCCCGUAUCUUCGCCUCCUUCAACGAUACCUUCGUCCACGUCACCGAUCUGAGUGGCCGUGAGACCAUCUGCCGUGUUACUGGUGGUAUGAAGGUCAAGGCCGAUCGCGACGAGUCCUCCCCCUACGCUGCCAUGUUGGCUGCUCAGGACGUCGCUGCCCGCUGCAAGGAGCUUGGCAUCAACGCUCUUCACAUCAAGAUCCGUGCCACUGGUGGUAACGGUACCAAGACCCCCGGUCCCGGUGCCCAGUCCGCUCUCCGCGCUCUGGCUCGUGCUGGCAUGAAGAUCGGCCGCAUUGAGGACGUCACUCCCACUCCUUCCGACUCUACCCGCAGAAAGGGUGGUCGCCGUGGUCGCCGUCUCUGAGCUGCUCACAAUUGGGUGGCUUGGAUCGGACAGGAGAUUCGCUAUCUGGUUUCUCUGUGGCGUUGAGAAUCACGAGGAGAACGGCCAAUGCGCCUGGUCUCCAGUCUAUCCUGCUAUGCCUUGUCCGGUUAUGGGUUAGGACGCAGUAGACAGUUAUGAAUUCGCCCGAAGAAGGCCUAUGAAUCAUCCUCCUUGUCAGA